GUUAUCAUAGUCUGUUUAGCUCUGAAAAGAUGGCAGCUAUCAACAAUUCAUACAAGAUUCGAACUAAUCUGAUUGGGCAUACUCAAGAUGUUCGUUGCCUGACUUGUUUGCCAGACUUAUCAAUAGUAUCAGGAUCCAGAGAUUGUACCUGUCAGUUAUGGGUGCCUGAAGCUGAUUCGAUUAACUACAGUAAUUGUUUGAAAUAUACCGGGCAUGAAAAUUUUGUGUCUUGCGUUACUACACAAUCCAAUUACAUCAUAACUGGAUGCAAUGAUAAGAUAAUAAGAGUCUUCGAGCAUGGCACUGAAAGACCCUUAUGUGAAUUGAAAGGCCAUUCAGAAAACGUUUGUACAAUAACUGCCUGUCAUGAUGGCAAAAUUCUGUCAGGAUCUUGGGACAAAACUGGUAGAGUUUGGAUGAAUCAAAAGUGUAUCUUUGUGCUAUCGGGUCAUGAAUCUGCUGUAUGGGCAGUUGCAAUCUUAGAAGAUGGUGAAACUAUGCUAACAGGUUCAGCUGACAAAACUAUUCGAAUUUGGAACAAAGGAACAUGUCUGCAAACUCUCAAAGGCCACUCUGAUGCAGUUCGCAGUAUAGCGGUCUGGGGAAAGGAUAAAUUCUUAUCAUGUUCGAACGAUGCAUCAAUAAAACUUUGGAAUAUAAAUGGAACCUGUUUGCAAACUUUUUACGGACAUACUAAUUACGUUUACUCCUUGUCUAUAAUUAAUGAAAAUGAAUUUAUCAGUGGCGGAGAAGAUAGAUCAGUUAAAAUAUGGAGAAAUGGUGAAUGCGUACAAACUAUAUCUCACCCAACAGAAAGUGUUUGGGAUGUUUGUGUUUUACCAAAUGAAGAUAUAGUUACUGCUGCUUCUGAUGGAAUUAUACGAAUAUUCUCUAAAAAUCCUGAAAGACAAGCUCCAGAUGACAUUCAAGAAGCUUAUAGCCAAUCAGUUUCUUCAUCUACCAUUCCUGCUCAAAUUGGAGAUAUAAAUACAGAUCAAUUACCUUCAAAAAGUGCAUUACUUAACCCGGGAAAAGCGGAUGGACAAACUAUGAUGAUAAAAGAUGGAAAUAAUAUUGAGGCUUACAAUUGGGUUGCAGCCGAUGGUCAGUGGAUUAAAGUAGGCAAUGUUGUUGGUGGUGCUAGUGGAAAUAAAACUCUCUAUGAAGGAAAAGAGUAUGACUUUGUUUUCGAUGUAGACAUUCAAGAGGGAAAGCCGGCAUUAAAACUGCCGUUUAAUACCACAGAAGAUCCUUGGAUGGCAGCUCACGAAUUCUUGGAGCGAAAUGACCUUUCUCCACUGUUUUUAGAUCAGGUCGCAAAAUUCAUCGUAACAAAUACAAAAGGAGCAACCCUUGGCUCCAGGCAGGAUCAAGGUUUUGCAGAUCCAUUUACAGGCGGAAAUCAGUAUGUUCCCUCCUCAGUUUCUGGUAGUACAACACAAGCCCCUGCUCCACCUGUUACGUCCAAAAGGGUGUCCAAUCACUUUCCAGUUGAGGAAUUUCAAUGUUUCGAAAAUAUAAAUUCUGCUCAAAUUUUUGAGAAACUGGAAAAAUUUAAUGAAGAAGUCGAUGAGUAUCUUCAGUUGAAAGAGUCAGAAUUAACAACUUUGCACGACCUAAUAACGAAAACAAAGGCUAAAAUGUCAUCCGAUGAAGAAGAUACCGUGUGGAAGAGUCUUUCUUGGUCUCCACAGCUAGCUUGGCCUUGUCUGGAUAUUCUUCGGCUUUUAGUCCUUCGAUAUCCAAAAGUCUUUUGUUCAGAACGACUUUUUAUAGUUUUGAAAUCAUUUAUAGAUAUUUAUUCAGCUCCUUUUCAGUGCCAUGCCUUUACUUUGAGAACAUUUGUUAACUGUUUUAGUAGUUCAGAGGGACGUCAAUUAAUAUCGUCCCAAUUGGAUGACGUAUUGGAUGCUUCAAAGAUUAUGAUGAAAGGUGGCAAUAAGCACGUUCAGAUUGCUUUUGGAACGCUAGCUCUGAACUUGACCAUAGCCCAAACUAAACAGAUGGGUUUUGGUAUCGAAACUGCUCUUUCUGUGCUGGAAUUCUGUUGUAAAACUUUUACUGAGUCAGAAGCUAAAUACCGAGCUUGUGCUGCUAUAGGAACUUUAUUGACAAAGAACGAUGACGAAGGAGUAGCUCUAGCCCAGAGUUUAAGCUUUACUGAUAUUCUUGAUGAAAUGACCGAAAGAGAUGGAAAAUGUGACCCGAGAAUAAUUGAUUGCGUGAAAGAUAUAAAAAAAUUACUUUCAUAA